UUGUAGAAAAUAAAGCCAAGUAGUUGCAGUGUAGCCAUGAGCGAAACAAUUUCUUCAGCGGAAGCGGUGGCCGGAAGUCAGGACAUCUUGAUCCAAAUCUUCCUCCGGCUUCCGGCAAAAUCCCUCCUCAAAUUCAGAUGUGUCUGCAAGGACUGGCUCUCUCUAAUCUCUCUCAUCCCCACCCGCCAAUUCGCCCUCACCCACACCCUCCUCAACCCUCAAACGCCGGUCGCCCUCUUGCUUGACGACUACAUCCUCCCUCUAAACCCCCAACGAGACGACCCUUUACCUAUCUUCGAAGCCCCUUUUGCUGAUUUACUCGAUGUCCCUUGGUUUAAGGCUGCCCAAUCCUGCAACGGCUUGCUCCUCGUCUCCCCUGAUUUCAACGUCGAGACCUCCGGUACAGAUACGGAGUUAGGGAUCGGUGAUUUCAUAUGCAAUCCCACCACCAAAGAGUGUAAAAAGAUCCCUCCUCGUCCCAAACAAAUCGAACAUUAUCCCGUUGAAGGUUACGCUUUGGCUUUCGAUCCAGUAAAAUCCCUUCACUAUAAGGUCAUCUGUGUUCGUUGUGUCGGAAUUGAUCGCCAUCGCCACUACCUUGAAAAAGAGAUUGAUAUAUAUUCGUCGGAGACUGAUUCUUGGAGAAUUUGUAAUAUCGCGUUCAUUGAUGAAAACAAUAUGGAAUAUCGCCAACCAGUCUUCUGCAAUGGAACAAUUUAUUGGUAUGCACUGUCUUCCGAAGCCCUUUACUUUGACGUUGAAGAAGAGAGUCUGAAGUCAUACCCUAUGCCUUCGUAUUUUGAGAACGUCUCCAGACUAUCUGAUCUUAACUCAAUGAUUAAGUAUUUCAAUGAGUCUAGGGGUCAUCUGCAUCUUAUUACGCAAAAAGAAUUGAAAUUUUUGGUUUUUGAGUUGGCUGCGGACCACUCUGAAUGGUCAGUGAAGUAUAACUUCAGGCUUGAAGCUGCGGGUGCAAUGUUUCCUGAGGUGAUCGACAGUUUGGAGAAGCAUUUAGUGAAUGUGUUGACUGUAAUCCGGGAGGAAAAGGAAGAAGAUUCAGUGGUUGUGUUUUCUGUUGGUCAUGUAAUAUUUUCCUACAAUUUGGAGACCAAGGCAUUUAAGAAGCUUUCUGAUUGUGAUUGUGGGUCAGACUUUUUGAGGGAUUGUCUUCUACCAUGGGAUUAUGCCUGUCAAUACUUUGCAAGCUUCGCUUGUGUUUGAGAUUAAGACUUCUCCAGGUUUUGAGUUUAAUGAAGGAGAAGAGUGAAGAAGGAACCAAGCAGGUUGAAUUUGGCAACAUCUAUAUGUUGUUCUGUGCAGCUAUAUAUUUCUUCCCUAUUUUGUUAACCUUUUAGCUGUCUUUUAGAAAAUUUUCGAAGUUUCAGCAAAUAUUUGUUGCUGUUAAAUUAAUAAAUCUUGCUAUGUGAU